AUGGCGUUUCCUUUCCCUCAGGGGUGGGCACGGCCCAAAGUGAAGCUCUACGAGGGAGACACCGACCCGCAGGAACACGUGAACUUCUUCGUGGGCGCGAUGCAGUAUGCUGGGGCCAGCGACCCUUUAUACUGCCGCUGCUUCCCCAUGAGCCUUGGAAAAGGACCCAUGAACUGGUUCCAGAAUUUACCGAGCAACUCACUGCACGACUGGAACGGAGUUGUGUCAUGUUUUUUAGCCCAGUAUUCCUCGGUGCGCAGCAUACCGAAGACCGCGCAGACUUUGGCCUUGGUUAAGCAGAAGGAGAAGGAGUCUCUGAAGGCAUUUCUCAAUCGGUUCAACAAGGAGGCCGGUGAUAUCACCGGACUCCUCCCCGACACAAGGUUGGUCCUGGCUACCGCAGCCCUUGCGCCAGGACCGUUCCUGACCUCUCUGGACGGCAAGCCCGCCAACACUCUGGAGGAAUUCCUAGCUCGAGCAGAAAAAUUCAUAAACAUGGAGGAUGCCGCGACCCUAAGAGCCGCGAGUCAGACGCUCGCGAUCAAAGGACCGCCGAAGUUGAAGGAAAAUAAGGACCAACCUUCGACCCGAGAGUCCCGACGGAAGGGUCAGGACGAACGGAAGUCGAAGCGAAAGAAGUACGAUAGUUAUACCCCACUGAACUCCUCCCUUUCACGCAUCCUGAGGGAGAAAGCCUCCACCGACCUCAGAGACCGUCCCCCCCCACUCCUGACGAGAGGCGACAAGCUGGAUUCUAAGAGAUUCUGUGAGUUCCACGACAGCCCGGGUCACAACACUGACGAGUGCCUGAACCUCAAGGACAAGGUGGAAGAACUAAUCAGAGCAGGACGACUGUCCAGGUAUGUAGCUGUGUCGACGGGGGCCCUCCAGCGCCCGCGCUCGCCACCCCCAAGACGGUCACCGACCCCUCCAAGACACCGAGACCGGUCUCCUCCCAAACGCCGAUCGGUGGAACGUCGCGACAGGUCUCCUCCGCGUCGCCACAGCCCCGAGCGUCGCCGGAGCCCCGAGCGUCGCCGGAGCCCCGAGCGUCGCGGACGCAGCCGGGAACGGCGAAGAAGCCCCGACCGCCACGGCCAGGAUGAAGUCAGAAGACAACACGGGAAUAAUCUAGUCAGCGUCGGCUCAAUAGGAGGAGGAUGGGCCGCAGGCGGUCCCACCAACAACAGCCGGAAAAGGAGUACUCGCGUCAUCAUGUCAGCGGCUGGACGGCCCCGACCAGGGUCCCUCCACCCCCCAAGGCAGAAGGUGGCCAUAACCUUCACAGAGGACGAUUACGGCGAGGACACCGGCGAAGAAGAUGACCCCAUCGUCAUUGAAGCUCUGAUCGGCAACGGUAAGAUCCGAAGGACACUCAUCGAUACAGGUAGUUCGGCGGACAUUAUGUUUUAUGAUGCUUAUAAGAGCUUAGGGCUAUCGGUGAAAGACCUGCUCCCCUACGACCAUGAUUUGGUUGGGUUCACAGGGGACAGAGUCCUACCCUUAGGAUAUUUUGAUACUUGCCUUUCCUUGGGAGAUUACAGAAUUUGCAGGACUAUAAAAGCCCGCUUUCUGGUGGUGGAGUGUCCGACGGCGUACAACGCCAUUCUGGGCAGGCUAAGCCUCAACACUUUCAGGGCGAUCAUAUCCACCCACCACCUGAUGUUGAAGUACCCCUGGGCAGGAAGGGCGGUACCAGUACGCGGCAAUCUAGAAAUGGCGAGGAGCUGCUACAACUCCAGCUGCAGACUGGCCAGGGAGGAAAGGAAGAAGAAGAAGUCCAAAGUGCACGACCAGCAGAACAACUUUCACGUUCAACACACCAGUUUCAUGACCGACCUUGACCCCCGCGUGGACCAGUCUAGAGACGACCAACGCCUCAAACCCGACGGGGAGUCCCACCCCAUCCAGGUCGGUCCCCUUCCAGAGAACACUACCAACAUAGCUCGGGACCUUCCCCGAGACCUCUCCAAACGAAUGGAAAAAUUGCUACUUUCCAAUGGGAAGCUGUUUGCCUGGUCGUCAGCCGACAUGCCCGGCAUUGACCCCGCCUUCUGUAGCCACAGACUUUCCGUCGACCGGAAGUUCAAACCAGUUGCUCAGAAGAAGAGGCAGAUGAGCGCUGAGAAGCAGUAG